AUGGCGCUUUCCUCUGCAUUCCGCGAACGGCUCGAGCACAUGGAACUUACCAGAAACCAACGUCUCUCUCUCCUCCAGGCAGAGAAAGAAUGGCAGGCGAACAAGUCUCAGGUGUUGGCGUCGAAGCACGCGAACAUCAGGUCCAUGGAGCAACGGUGCUUGGUGCUCGAACAAAAGAUCGCAUCGCAGAGCUUCAAGAUCUCGGCCCUGAAGUCCAAAAUCGAGACCCUCGAUGCCAAAUACUGCACCGUUUCGCAACAUUGGAGGGUUUUGAAAAGUGAGGUGGAGGAGCUUGGGCAGUUGGAGAAGGAGAGGGAUAGGUUUUACGAAUUGAAGAGCUGUGAGAUGAAGGAAUUUAGAGAAAAUGUGGAGAAGUUCGUUGUGGAAUGUCGAAUGCGUGUUGAGGAAUUGAGGAACCGCAUAAAAGAGCACCAGACAAGCCUUAUGAAAUUCCAAGGUGGCAAUGAAUAUUUCUAUAAUUCUGAGAUAGAAGUAGCUGAAAAGAGUAAGUCUGAACUUAUGGCCGUGAAAGAGAAUUUGGAUAGGAACUUGGCUUCUAAUUACCAACUAAGAGCACAGCUGCAAAAGCAGCUUCAGAAUAUAUCAUACUGA